AUAUCCGACAUUAUUGUGGUGGUCUCUCCUGAAAAUAUUGAAACAAUGAAGUCUAUCAUUGAAAAAUAUGGCCACAAAAGAGUUAUGAUAGUAAAAGGUGGAAUAACUCGUCACCGGUCAAUUUUCAAUGGACUGAAAGUAUUUGCAGAGAAUGAAUUUUCCAACCAUCUGCUCCAGAAACCAGAAGUAGUGAUUAUCCAUGACGCUGUGAGGCCAUUUGUUGAAGAAGAUAUUCUUUCAAAAGUGGUUAUGGCUGCUAAAGAACAUGGGGCAGCAGGAGCAAUUCGUCCUCUAGUUUCUACUGUUAUUGCUUCUGCUGCAGAUGGCUGUUUAGACCACUCAUUGGAACGUGCCAGGUACAGAGCGAGUGAAAUGCCUCAGGCUUUCUUGUUUGAUACAAUCUAUGAAGCGUACCAACAGUGUACAGACUAUGACCUGGAUUAUGGAACUGAAUGUUUGCAUCUGGCUCUGAAAUACUGUAACACAAGUGCCAAACUUGUUGAAGGAACAGCUGACCUCUGGAAGGUGACCUACAAGCGGGAUCUGUAUGCAGCUGAAUCGAUUAUUAAGGACAACCUAUCACAACAAGUUUGUAUUAUUACCAAUGUGAAGGAAGCUGUUGCACAAGUAGGUUUUCUCCUUCAUGAAUGUCUGAAAAGUCAAAUAAAAGUUGAAGCUGUAUCAACAUGUCUAAGCAAAAAUGAUAGCCAUCUACAAAACAUCUUUUCAGGACAGUGCUACAAUUUUAUUUGUGUAAAUGAUAAAAAGUAUGCCAUUCAGGAAACCCAGCAACUAGUGGAUAUGUUGGAAAAAUCAAAUAUUCCUCUCUCAUAUCCAGUUGUCGUUAUUUUGGUGCACUUGGAUAUUUCAGAAAAUAUUUCUUUCAGCAUUGGGAUGGAAGAACUAACUAGGAUCAAGAAAUUUGCAAGGGAAGUGAAAAAGAAAAAUAUUUUGGUUUAUGGUCUCCUUAUCCAAUAUAAGGACCAUUUGCUGCUUCAGGAGACAGUAAAUUCUGCUGCUGCUCUUAUCAUGGCAUUAAUAAAGGACAGAAACCCGGAGCUGACUGGGCAGCUGUUGGUAGCAUAAGACCAUAAAUCAUGUGUAGCUUUUGGAAAUGUUUCUUUUUCAUCAUCCAUUCACCAAAGGUCUUGAAUCAUUUUACUCUUUGAUGAAAACUCUGGAUUUAUGACAUUUACUAUUAAGAUCUUUUAAGAACAUAUUUUUGAUACUUAAAAUGCAAGUCUGAUGUUAUGUAUAAAGUGUAAAAUGAAAUACAAAUCAUUCUGAGGUACACUGGGUACAUACUGUGAGGAAUGAUACUGAAAUGUUUUUGUGAGGUACUGAUCAUUUAAAAAGGUGCACAGAGGACACCAAAGUAUUCAGUCUUCAUGCAGAAUUGUCUUUAACCAUGCAUGUGUGUUGUACUCUAGGACUGCAUGAAAGAAAUCUGAUUUAAGAUAAAAUAAUACUAAAGCACAGCUCUUGUUCUUUAUAUGAAAUUAUUUAAAAAUUGCUGCUAUACCUCUUAGUGAAUGUAGAGCUCAUUAUACAGUGUAGCCUUCCUGACAUCAAUAGAAACGCACAUUGCAAGAAGUAUUUGAAGGGUCAGGUCCCCGUCCUCCAUGUAAUGAAGGUAACCUUGAGACAAAGAAAAGAUGUGCGUGGGGGCAAUGAGGUGCUAAACCCCAGUUUUCCAGAUGCAGUAUGCUCUGGCUGUAGCACUCCUUAGUGCUACACUUCUUCCAGUAUCCACGUACCAUCAUUUCGAAGUAGCUCAAAUAGCUCCUCUGAGUACUGUAUUACACAUACUCUUUGUACGUGUACGUAUAUGCAUGUAUAUGCAUAUGCACGCUUAAAGGAAGAGUUAAGACCGAAAAAAAUGUUUUGCAACCCACUGUGUAGGUAAUGGAGAAAUAGGAAGAUUCUGUUAGCUCAUCUACAAGAAUCCAUUAUUCAUCUCUUGCUGGUUAGCAUGUGUAUGUAUUAAAUAGUAGUGAAGAGAACUGAGUGUUAUGAGUUCAAAUAUAUGCUGCAUUGAUAUUCAAGUGUGGAAAGUUGGGACAGGAAGGUAAAAUGGUGAAUGGUUAUUAUGUGGAGUAUCUCCAGGUAUCAGAACCACUAAGAGCAGUACAAGAAGAGGACAGUCCCUGAAAACACCUGUCCCUCCCUAUCCAUCAGACUCAGGAAUUCCAGCUUUCCUGCAACUUGUGAAGGGGCUAGGUUCAUGUCUUACCUACCUGCCGUGAUUGGAGUAAGGUCUUGGAGAAGUAUCCCCACCAGAAGUGUCCAGUGAGCCCCCCAUUCAGUCUGUCCUGAGGGAGUGCACUGUCAGUUCAGCAAGUUUCCCUCUGAAACCAGCAUUCCUUACUCCCACCAUGUUCCGCUCCCUCUGUUGCUCAGACAAAACUUAGGAUAGCAUGAUCC